AUGGCGCAAAAUAUUCCUCAAGUGCUUUUCCCCGAAACUUUUGUCGAAGCACUAGAAGGCAACAGCGUCAAAAUGCCAUGCGACGUCCUUAAAAAAGCCGAAUUGCACAUUGAAUUCGUCUUUUGGUACAAGGGUCAUGGCCGAACGCCCCUCUACACAUUAGACGCCAGAGAUCGCACGCUAGCAGAAUCCGUUCAUAUUCGGAACGAAACGUAUGACGGUCGCGUGCAUUUUUACGUGACAACAGAAGAUCCUUAUCUAUUAAUGGACAAAGUAAGACUGGAAGACAGUGGAAUAUAUUUUUGCCGAGUUGAUUAUCAGUGGACAGCUACGCAGGUGUCUAAAGUUACAUUAACUGCUGUAGUUCCAUCACAGAGCCUUACUAUACGUGAUGGUGAAGGUAGCCUUAUUCGAGACGUUGCAGGACCUUACGAAGAGUUAACUGAUGUGUCUUUAAUAUGUGAAGCGCAUAAAGGUUCACCUUCUCCUAAUGUCACGUGGUGGAAGAACGGAAAAUUACUCGAUAGUGUUUACCAACAAAAAGGUGACACCGUCGUAAAUCUUCUUAAAUUGUACAAACUUAACAGAACGGAUAUAUUUGCAAACUUUCAUUGCAAGGCACAAAACACAAAACUCAUUAAUCCCACUAUACGAUCUGUUGUUCUGGAUCUGUAUUUGUAUCCAGUCUCAAUUAGUAUUGCAAGCCAUUCAUCACCAUUAUCCACUUCGAAGCUUACCGAAAUAUCCUGCGAGACCUUUGGAUCCAGACCUCCUGCAGUGAUAAGCUGGUGGCUCAACAACUCUCGCCUGUCAGAUCACACUGAAACAAUAACUGGGAAUACGACAAAGUCUGUGCUUCGUCUACAACCAAAGGCCGAGUUUCACAAACAGGCCCUUUCUUGUAGAGCAGAAAAUCCAAAGAUUAGACACAGUUCAGUAGAAAGCGUCAAAGUGCUCAAUGUUACAUAUUUACCACAACUAUCUCUUCGACUCCUCACAGAAGAACCCGAUCGCAGGCCAAAGGAAGACGAUUACAUCCGAAUAGUUUGUGAAAUAAACGCCAACCCUGGCGUAUCGGACGUUGGUUGGUUCUUCAACGGUUCUCCACUGUCAAACACCGAGUCAAGUAUGGACGUGGUGAAUCGAAACACCCUCGUGUUCAAAAGAUUGUCUCGAUCCAACAGAGGACGAUAUAAAUGCUACGCCAUAAAUGAUGAAGGCAGAGGUAUGAGUCAAGAACUGUUGCUAAAUGUCAGUCAUUCUCCGGUUUGCAAAGAACAUCAACAGAUAACAUACGUGGCGCCUUUACACAAAAGCGUGUCCAUCCGUUGUGAAGUGGAAGCUGAACCUUCAGAAGUUGUCUUCAAGUGGGAGUUUACAAAUUCUGUGCAAAAGCAUUAUGACUUAAAACACACGAGCGAUGGACUCGUUAGCACUGCAACGUACAGACCUCUGACCCACGCUGAUUACGGAACAUUGUUUUGCUGGGCAAGCAAUAGCAUUGGUCAUCAGUUGUCAUCUUGCUUUUUUACAGUUAUUGCGCCAGCAUGUUCUCCGGAAAGCAUACAAUCAAAUGCGUCUACGUCUAAAGAUGGAGAUGAAAAUAGUUGGCAAUAUUCUGCAUUAGCAGUUGGCUCAAUCAUCUCAGUCUGUAUUUUGUUUGUGACUGUUGUUUGUGCCUUUUAUAUUAGAAAAGUUCAAAUUAAAAAGAAGCAUAGCAAUAUAAGGAAAAUUCUAGAUGAGGAGAUUCAUAUUUUCAACCGAAUCCAAGUGUACAACAGUGACACGGCUCCCCAUGUACAUAUGGUUACAUCAUAAGGAAGACAAUAGUAUCAGAUGGAACACAAGCCAAGUCUCUUUCUUGUGCACAAACAGCAAGAUCCAUAAGGGAAAAAGUAUUUACUUAAAAUUGUGAUAUAUUCCCAAGAGUAUAAACAAAGAUUAAAAUUUUUCUGGAAUGUUUAACACGAAAAGGAAGCAUGAAAAGUAACUGCACAUCGAAAUAUGAUUUACAAAAUGUCAAAAUUACCAGAGAGACGACAUGAAACUUUAACUUGAUGAUAUGUUUUUUUUUCUUUAAAUAUAUAAAACCAUGCAAAUGUUUACUGUUUAAAGUGAGGAACUGAUCAAGAGUUGACACUGAAAUGUAAGGUGAAAAAAAGAGCUAAGACAGGAAAAAAAUGUAUGCGACGCCAGUUUGUGCUAAGAGUCCUUGGUCAGUAAUACAGAAAAUCAAAGGAUUUGAAAGUAUGGAAACAAAAAAAGGAUGUUUCAAAUGAUUCAAGAGUAUGUUUCGAACUCAACAAGAGUUUAAAAGAAAAAAUUGUAACUUCUUAUUUUUCCUACCUUGACGCUCGUUUGUGCAAUGAGACAUUGUUCUGUACAGAAAACUGAAAGAAUUGAGAAUACAAAAUAUUUUAACGUAUGAAAACUGAACUAGGGAAAACUUGUAAAAGUUUUUCUUUUUGAAUCAGAAGAAAUUUUAAAGAGUCUUCGCCAUUGUUAUUGUUUAGCAAUAGACUGUACAUCAACAAAUAAAAAAUGAUCAGUUAUUACUUUUUUUUUUAACAUUGAUGCUUGUUUCUGCUGCGAGCCCCUUGGCUGCGUAGCCCCCUGCUGCGAGCGUACUUAUGUUUCGUCAUGAAAUGAAAAUUUUAAAAAAGUAUUUAUCAUUGUGUUUGUUUAGUAACAUAAUCCACCAUCAAGAAACUGAAAAAUUGAGCGCUCUUACUUUUUUUUGGUUCUUUUGUGAAACAUUUUUUUGAAAAAAACUUUGCCAAACUGCUGAACAUAAGUGUUGGUUUUCAGUCAUUCUGAAAUGGUUGUAUUUA